UGAUUUGACAGGUGAUUGUGACUUGAGACUUGGUUGGAUGUUGUGUCACACGUGAUAGAGAACUUCGUGAGGAAGCUCAUGUAUCGAAUUUUCGGGAGAUGUUGAUCAGCAGUCCCCCAGAAAGUGAAUAGAGACUCUGAAGUUAGCUGAAUAGUUGCUGUGUUUGAUAUGUCCGGACACGGCCAUGGCCACGGUGGACACCAUCACGGGUGUUGUGAAGAUGACCACGAGCCAGCGGAGCGCGGCGUGGAGUAUGCGUUAUAUAUGCGCGUUGACUUGGAGAAAAUGCAGUGCCUGAACGAGAGUCGUGAUGGAGACGGAAAGCUAGUAUUUAAACCAUGGGACCAACGUAAAGACCGCGAGAAGUUUGUUGAGAGUGACGCUGAUGAAGAACUACUCUUCAAUAUUCCGUUUACUGGCAGUGUGAAGCUGAAGGGAAUCAUCAUCUCAGGAGAGGAUGAUGAGUCUCACCCUGCAGAGAUGAGACUGUACAAGAAUAUCCCACACAUGUCGUUUGAUGACACAGGCCGAGAGCCGGAACAGGCCUUUCGUCUGAACAGAGACCCGCUGGCUGAGCUGGAGUACCCAACAAAGAUCGCCCGCUUCUCUAAUGUGGAGCACCUCUCCAUCCAUCUGUCUCGAAACUUUGGUGCAGAGUCGACGCGCGUCUACUAUAUUGGCUUGAGAGGGGAGUUCACACAGGCCCACCGACAUGAGGUAACCAUUUGUAAUUACGAGGCAUCAGCCAACCCAGCUGAUCACAAAGUGCAAAGCCUCACCCCCCAAACACACUUCAUCUCAUGACACACAAACGCACACAUGCGGAAACACACCCACACUAAAGAGUGCCAGAGGGCGGAGCCUGGCUGCUUAAAUGGGCCUGACCGGUAGAGAUGCUGUGGAGAGGGAGGAAGUGGACUCCGACCAGAGGACAUGGGAGCACCUCCGCAGACGUGAGGCCAUGCAGAUGCCAACCGGCUCCAAUGUUUCCACAUGCAACCUUAAUUGUGGUGCGAUAAUAAAGAUUAGAGAAUUGAAA